CCAAGCGUGGCGUGUGGCGGUUAGGUUGAGUCGUUUACGAGGGAGAUUAUUCACCAUUGCGGGGUAUUUGCAGGGGAGGACGUGGGAGACCGACGCAGUCCUUCCCUACGCGUCUCUUUGUCGCACUCAUGGAUAGCAGGCGCGCUCAAGAGACCCGCGGUCUCUCGCGCGGUUGAGAGGGGGUAGUCAAUGAGGCACUGGCUAGGGAAAUCCGAGUUCGGGGUUUCAUCAGCGGUGGCUGCGUAGCGGGACCGAGCGAGACUCGAGAUAUCCGUGAAUACUAGAACGGAGAUUCGGAAACCGAGCGAACAGGAGUAGCGCGAGAACGGAGUGACGACCAGGAACGAGGAGUAGUGCCGAGUAGCGGGGGCGUAGAUCCGCGGUAGGUCGCUGUUAGGUUUUCAUCGACGAGAGUGACACCAGAGACAAACCGAGGGAAAGAGCGAGCCGGCGGCGCAGUGGCCAGCGGUGGUUCGAGGGGCUCGCGUCCAAACAUGUCCUCGCCGAACAAGAAGGUAAAGAAGUUGGACGACCCGGGCUCUGGGGAGGCGGGCGAAGCCAGGGAUUACGACCUCGAGACUCAAAAGGCCCUCGAGGAGAUCGACGGCUGCCAGAAUCAAAUCGACGGCCUCAACGAAAAGGCUAGCGACGAGAUCCUCGAAGUCGAGAAGAAGUACAACAAGCUUCGCAAACCAUACUUCCAGAAACGCAACGACAUCAUCAAGAGGAUACCCAACUUUUGGGUCACUGCAUUCGUAAACCAUCCACAAAUAGCGCCAAUAUUAGAAGAAGAGGAAGAAGAUGCGUUACGGUAUUUGAACAAACUUGAAGUCGAGGAGUUUGAGGACAUUAAAUCUGGCUACAGAAUUAACUUCCACUUCGAUGAAAAUCCAUACUUCGAGAAUAGCGUUCUCACCAAAGAGUUUCAUCUUGGAGCUUCCGGGGAUCCAGCGUCACAAAGUACGCCCAUUCACUGGAAAGAAGGUGCAGAUUUGACGAAAAGAGCGAAAGACAAAGGUCCGAUGAAGGGAAGGAAAAGGCCUCUUGGACACAAGACGUUCUUCGAUUGGUUUAUGUAUCAUGGUGAUCCUAGUUCGGAUGACAUAGCCGAGCUAAUAAAAGACGAUAUGUGGCCUAAUCCCUUGCAGUAUUAUCUCGUUCCUGAUAUCGAUGUUGAAAAUGGUAUCGAAGGAGAUGGCGAAGAGGGUGAUAGCGAAGUCGAAGAAGACGGUGGAGGUGAAGACGGAGAUGAAGGAGCAGAGAGCGAAGAGGAUGAGGAUAUAGUAGUCGUCGAAGGGGACAUUAACGAAGAUACAGAAGAGGAAGAAGUUGCAAAUGAUGAGGAUGACGGUGUGAAUGACGAAGAUGAUCUACUCGUUGACGAAGAAGUAGAUCACGAAGUAUUUUAGAGCACAGUACUCCAAUAAAUAAAUCUUCCUCAGACGGCGAAGGCGAGGAACCGGAGUAAGCUAAGACGACUCUGGUCAGCGAUGUCCAUUGCAAGGUGGCUGGUGAAUUCGUAUUGGAGAGUACUUGCGAAUCGAAUCGAAUCUCCUCAGGAGACACAUACAGAGAUCAAGUCGAAGAAUCUCCGAGGGUUAGAGACGCACCUAAAGAGCACCUGUCCGUUGCCGUUCUACUAUAAUCGUAUUGUCGAUAGCUUAGGUUAAGAGUGAUAUCCGCGGCUCCGGGCAGGUGUUCCAUCAGGGGUAUGUUCAGCCGUGUCAAGACUACCCUUUUGGUAAUGUUUUAAGUAAAUGACGACGCGAGAAAGAAGGACCAUGAUUAUUGUACGAGAAAACCCCGCGUUCGUUCGCAGUCUCCUCGUACGUUCCGAUCCUCGAAUUGAAUGUUGCUGCUGGGCAUUGUGCGGCAAAGAUCGCGUGUUUCCUACCUCGUAGUCGGGGACUAAAUUCACGAUGAAGGAGGCAUCGCUAACUCUUUAAAACGUUCCAGUUUGCGAGCAAGUCUCGCGAACACGGAGCUAUGGCAUCGACUCAUCUCACGACGUAUGCCUGGUCAUUGCCGAAAGGAAGGGCGCGUUUUUUAUUCAGUCAACGCCGUUGUAGUGAUUAUCAAUUUUGGAGUGUAACGAGGAACUACUUGCUCUCGGUAAACCAGUGGCCGCUCUCGGGAGUUUUCGAUUCUAACAUUACAAGGCUGGCUACGUAUAGAAAUUAGUUACCCAUUUGCGGAGCAGCGAACGACUUGUUAGACUUCGAAGUUUGUAUUCAUCCUACGAAUCGCUGAAUAAAAAUCUGACCAGCCCUGCAACGGCUGCGCUAAUCGGGUCGUCAGACGGGCGGAUCUGUUUUUAUACUUCGGGAGAUAAGGAUGCUUGACACUUUCUCUUGUAAUGUAAAGUUAAAUUUGAAAAUAAACGGCAGAAAGACACUUUCGUGCGAUCGCGCGUCUGCCUAGGUGGAACCGCAUGCUGUUCAAUGCGUGGACGUCGGUCUUUAUCGUAACGAGAGGUCUGCCUUUUUUUUUCCCGUUCAUGUAUUCCGUCGGUUGCUUUUUAGGAUUUUCAUCCAAGGAAAGCUGAAUUUCAGAUGCCGGAUAGUCCAACGUAUACGUGAACAGAGUACCGAUAUACUUGAUUUUAAAAUAGCCCGUCGGGUUUUUAUUUGGCAUUUUCGGUUUUUCUUUUCCUUUUUGGGUACUUUUGGGCCACGCUUUUAAUUUCUCUGGUUUUUGCGAAGUUUGUAAUAUACACUUUGAUCACGGAAUGUAGGAAAUAUUAAAAUGGCAAGAAGGAAAUAAUUAUUUGUCAUGAUCAUUAAACUGCAUUCGGUAUACAGACUUCGGAGUACAGCUGUUGGGAAGCAUUUUUUUUUUUUCCCGAAAGAGAAAUAGAACUCAUGUAAGGAAUUAAGGUAAAUGUCCCAGUAAUCGAUCAUGUACAUACUCUCGAUUAACGGAUUUAAUUACUAAUAUACAACGUAUUUGCGAUUAGUUGGAGGUAUCGAUAACCAAGACAGUCAAUGACUAGUACGUCCUCUAGUUUUUACUUUUAUUAAUAUGUAAUAAAAGGAUGGUAGGGCAGGCAAUGAUAUGCUUUAUAUUCAAAGAACAUUAUAUGUCUAAUCUUGCCAAAGAACGGAUGCAAGCUAUUUAUAAGAUAUUCAGCAUAACUGGAGAUUGAGAUAUCAUUUUUAAAAUAUCAAUCAUUGGGGCAUUCACCUUACACCUAGAAUACAUGAAUGUCAUAAUAAAGUGCUGGGGAUUUCAAGAAUAAAACCUCGACUUUUCGUUCAGUAUAAAUAAACCACGUUUCAGUAAUCUUCAAGUCUCUUCUGUAAAUGCCCGCAGGGUGAAAAAGUGUAUUAAAAAGGUUCUCGAACGAACGGCAAAUAUCGCGGCUAAGAAUGUUCUGUAGAGAAAUCGAUUUGAAAAGAGAGAGAAAAAAAAAUAUCAGGUAUUUUAAUAAGAUGUGUUCGCCUCAAAACUUUUAUUACCAUUUGUUAAUAGUCCUCUUUCAUUGAAUGGUGUAUUCGAAAUGCUACUGUUAUAAUUUACACCUCUUAUCUCAGGUAAAUGACAAAAAUAAUUACACUUAGGUUUCGUGAUGGUAUAUCUGAUUUUUAUUAUCCGAAGUAGACAAUUCUGAAAGUGCACGAAUUUACAGAAUUGAAACCCUCUAGAAUUAACUCGGUAUGACUGGACUGAAUUUUUUUUUUCUUUUUUUCUUAAUAUUUGUCGUAUUCUUUGUAUUAGUUUAAGAGAGCUACAAAAUGAAAAUCGAGAUAAUCGAACCGUUUAUCCGAGAUUUUCGCGGUACGUGCAAAAUACACGUAUCUCUUGAUUAUCGAGAAUGUAAACAACCGUGAAGGGCAUAUUUUUUCUAAGGGAUAAAUAACAUAAUGUCUAUAGAAUAUAAAACGACCAAAUCUGAUGAAGUAGCGUAGCCAGGAAUUAAUUUUAGGUGUGCAUAAUUUUUUGUCCAUUGUUAAUAUAAAAAGUAUCUACGUAUGUAGAAUUUAUACUCACUUAUUAUUUAAUUAUAGCCGAUUGGGUACGUAAUUACUAAUAAUAAAUUAAGGGAGAAUGA